UUGUUUUAAUUGUCUUAUUCACUCAGACGGAUUACGUAAAAACCACAUAUUGAGGAAAAAUAAUUUUGGACUUCCCAAACUAUAUUGGUAUAAAUACAAACUAAAAUGUUCGAUUUUCACCAUUGUCUUCAAGCGAACGCACUUCGUUUUCACUUCGUGCCAUUUUUGCAUAAAUUAAACAUUUCUUACCGAAGAUGAAUACGUUUGCUGUCGUCUGUUUGUUGUUGGGAUGCUCAGUAAUGGCACAGGCCAUGUAUGUGAAACCAAAAUACCCAGUUAAACAAGUUUACUGCUAUGACUAUAUGGGCCGCCCGGUAUACCCUGGCCAGAGCUACUAUGAUGGAUGCAACACGUGCACUUGUGGACGAUACGGCAGGCCUACCAUCUGUACAUAUAGAUACUGCGGAGACAUUAUUGAUCCAGUAAGACCCAUCCUCCCCAUCAACCCAGUGAAACCAGUUUAUCCAAUCCGUCCAGUGAAGCCAGUAAAGCCAGUCCAUCCCGUCCCCUACUAGAAGCUUGCCGGAAACAGCCAUCACUCAGAGAAAUACUCGUCAACCCAGUGAAACACGUGUACACAUACGUAUAACCAUAUAACGUAAUGAAUUCUUACAGGAAAUAUCCAAUCUUCAGAAAAAUGAGAAAAAAAGACAUGGAAAUUUAGAAGAAAACUUGCUGUGUCCAACAUUCACUUAAUGCAAUGACUGACAUGAACAUAUUUUCAGUUGUUGAAAUCUAAGACUCAUUUUUUUUAUCAUUAAUUCAAAACAAAUAUCAUUAUAUUUCUGCUAGUAUUCUUGUCCAUUCAAUUUUGUUUCAUAGUUACGAAACGAAAUUUCAUUCCAUCGUAUUUAUUGUGCAAUAAAUUUAAAGAAAAACGCUUCUCAGGCUUAUUU